UUGUGUUUUUAUGUUGACAUAUGAUUACAAGGCGAAAACAGAAUAAAACAAAUAAACAAAUACAAAUUUUUACAAGUGAUUAUAAUAAAAAAUUGUGAAAGUAAAUACGUAAUUACUCAUCUUUCGAUGAACUCAAAAGAACUUUAUUCUAUACGAGAAUGGGCACCUUUAACAGAUAUAAUGGAGAAAAUACCAUUGCGUAUGAUACGCGCACUUGGCAUAUUUCCAGCAGAUUUAAAUAUCACUUGUGUCGAUGCAAUUUCCGAAUUUAUAGCAUUGGGUAGUGAUGCUGGCAUUGUAUUUUGGUAUGACCGGUACACCGGCGAAUUGCAGAAGCUGCGCACAGAGUUUCCAGCGCGCAUCACAUGCGUGAAAAUUGUCAAUUCGGUGGAGUAUAUGAUAGCCGCGGGAAAUGGUAGUGGUCAAGUUAGCGUCUUUCAAAUACAAAAACAAUUGCCGCCAGAUUUGAAUUUAGUUGCGCCAUGUGCGCGAGCGAAGCCCAUUGAAAGAUACAAUAUACGUGAUUUGCAUAGCUGCGCCAUAAGCUGUGUGGAAUGGUCCAAGAAUGGCAUGAAACUCUAUUCAGGCGAUCGACAAGGCGUUGUAGUAUUAACGGAAUUUGACUUUCAAGCACACAUCAGCAAGGCGACCGAAAUACUCAGCGAAGCGUAUGAAAUUGUACAGCUUAGUGUUUGUCAGAGUUAUUUACUAGUAUCCACACUUUAUCGUUCCAUUGUAUGCCAAUUCACCACCGCCACCGGUCAAUGGCAGGUUACACAAGUUGGAAAGAAAGAUCGGAAAGUAUUGUCUGAUUGUGGUGGCAUAUUCCUCAAACAACAAAACAGUCGGCCAUUCUUGAUUUGUGGGCGUCCAGGUUUACGGUUUUGGAUCGCCGAUGCCGAAGGUAAUGUGGAAAAAACAUUACUCUUUCGCGAAGCUGUGGCACGUAGUCCUACCUGGGAAAUACCAAUACUUAACCCCAAAUCAAUGGGCGGUGAACGAAGUACAACUUCCUAUACAAAUGUGGCCGAUAGCGAUGAAAUUAACCGAAGUUUUGGUGCAAUACGUUUGUACAAGGGUGACGAGAAACUGAUUGUCACACACGAUGAGUCCACAUUGUACUUAUUGAACUUGGAUCGACUGCGUGUCGAAGCUGUGGCACGAGGUUUUCGUAAAAUUCUUGAUUUUUGUGUUUGCGAUAAGGAGAUUUUUGUUUUGGAAGGUUCACGUUCUCUGCUACGUCUAGCGCCGAAGCCGGAGAAGCCGAGUAAAACUGCCAAAGUAAUUUUCAAUCCGUCAAUGCCGCCACCAGUUCCUUUGCUAGGUGCUGCAAUCGCUGGUUCGUUGGACUCACCCGCUGAGUCUUUUGAACCACCCGAACAGCCAGUGGGUAAAGCGGAAGAAUGUUUUGAAUUGCCGCCUGUUGAGUUACUCAAUUUAAAUGUGCCAAUCGAAUUGGCUGUAGAAUCGCCACGUGCCGAACAAAAUCGUCGUUUGGAGAUUUUUAAUCAAAUUUCUGAAAUGGAUUUCGAUCAAUCCAUAUUACAUCAUAGUGGCAUAUCACAGAGUGGUGGUGGUCGAAAAAAACGUACAAGACACAGUCGUGAACGAGAGCUUGCUGCUAAGUGCAGUAACGAAGUUGCGGCACCAACAAAGUCACAGGGCAUUGUAGAAAUUGGUCGUGUUGUGGAGCCAGAAACAGACUUGGAAACAGCAAUUAAAACCUUGACUGCUGUUGAAGUUGUGGAGGUUAAACCCCAUGUAAAGCAAACCACUACAACUAAACCAACACUAAUGAAUAGCAGUUUUUGCGCAAUUACGAUGACGAAAAAUACCGAAAGUGAUAAAGUGAGCAAAUCAAAUGAAACAACAUUGAAAAACAAACCAAAAUGUGGUUCCAUCUCGACACCAUUAUCGCCUGCCUCACCUGAAGCGGCCAAACAAAAACUCCCCAUAAAACCUAAAAGUCUUGCUGAAGAAUUAAAUUUAGCUGGUAUUGCUUUUGGCCCGAAACAAUCUAGUCUAGAAUGUGCAACACCAUCUCCAAUACACUCACCGCCCGCUGCGCCAGCGUCAACACCCACGCCAAUGCCACUUAAAGAGCUCGCACAAGCAUAUCCCAAACAAACUACAGUUGAAGAUGCUGGCGUGCAGACAACGCCACGCAAAAAGCUCUACUACAUGGAGGAAGACGCAGACGAUGCUAAUAUUUACUCAGACUACAGUGCUGGCCAACCAAUUGAUGAGAUGUGUCAUGCAGCUUUGCGUGCUGCAACACUAGUUGAGGAAUAUGAAGAAGAGAAAGAGUGCGCUGAAGCGCGCAUUCAGCCUGCGCAGCCAGUCUCCCCAAUACAUUUACAAUUCGUUCGUACACAGCCAUUAAAUGAGGAGAUUAAGAGUUUCCUACCAGAUUUUCGACGUGCAUGUGAUCCGUGUGCUGUGCCGCCAGCAGUGCAACAAAAGACACCGCCACCUUCAGCCGAGUCUAAUGGCAGUUCUAGCGAAUGGGAGUUUUUGGAUAAUUGAAUUGAUAACUUUGGCUCUGAUAAAAUAUCAUUCCGUGACAUUACACAUCACAAAGUUCCAAAACAGUAUGCUUUUUGAAAGUGCUGCCGAACUUAUAUAAUUAUCAAUAUUAAUCUUAUGUAAAACAUAUUGGCGCUUUUGCACAUUGGCUUCUAAAAUCCAAAUCAAUUUUAAAUAACCAAUUUAUGUAUUAUAUAAUAUUAUGGUAAUAUUGUAUUAUCUAAACAUUUUAGCCACAUUUAGUAUUUUGUUUAAUAUUUUAGCAUUUUUAAUUACUUUUUUGUUGUUUGCUAAUUUUUAGCCUAGGCACUAUCGCUUACACGUCUAUAUGUAUCUGUAUGUUAGAAGAGCAACUCAAUUUUGCAUUUAUUUGCAAUUUGCAUAUGUCUGUAUGUAUGUAUGUAAAAAAUCUAUACCAAAUAAAAUUUAUAUAUAUGUAUUUGCUUCAUUA